AUGACUGAAUAUCUUCCCCAGAGCUUUACACACAACCACCUUGCCCCUCUAGACCUAUCAUCAUCCAAAAUAGAGUCCACCACUGAUCUUUCUUCCUCGUCAUGGCAGCAAGCCUAUCCAUAUCCAUUCUACGGCGAUCCAUUGUGGUCGGCCCAGGGUAAUGGAGGUACAGUCGACUUUGGGGAUCUCGAGAGUCAUGGGGCUAUGGGCAUAUCGCCUUCCUUAUUGGCAAACAUACAAGAAGAAGAUGAGACAGGACAACCAAAACAGGAAGACAAAGUAUCCCAGCUACCAGGAAGCUAUGAUCUCGAAGAUCCUUCCCUCUUGAAUAGUAGUCCUUUCGGUACUACUUUCAGUGAUGCCGGUGAUGGUGGUGAUGGUGGUGAAGAAGUAGACAAAGAAAAAGGUCCUGAAUUUUGGAAUCGAUUCGAUCACGAGAAGAGCGAUACACGAUCUAUCCCUAUCCCACCCAUCACCGUCGUUCCCAGUAGUAACCCUUUCGCCACCCGCGGCCGUGCAAAAAGGGGUGAACAGUCUUCCAAAUCCACCCCUGCCUCUACCGCCGCCACCACCACCACCACCGUCACUUCAACCAAGCGUACAAAUACCACCACUAGGAAAUCAAAAGGAGUCACCUCAGCUGGCGUCCGAAAAUACCAAGGCGGCCGCCGGACAGAGAUUGAUGAUAUGAUCACACGCGUGAUGAGCCGGUUCAAUAACAGUUUGAAAGCGUUGACGGCGAAAGCGGAUAAGACGCAGGAAGAGAAGGAAGUUGGGCGCAUUCUCGGGAACCGAGACGCGGCCCACCUCUCCCGCCGCAAAAAGAACGAAACCAUCACCUCCCUCAAAUCAACCAACGCAUCCCUCUCCCUCAAACUGUACCAAAGCCAACAAUCCGUCCAAGCGCUCACAAAGAUGAACGAGGUGCAGGAGAAGAGGAUGAGGCUGUUGGAGGAGAGGUACCCUAACGACGGAUUUGGGCGGACAAGCUUGAAGGUGAAGAUGGAUGACGAACAAGAAGGUGGAGAUAGAUGAACGAACAGAAGGUGGAGGUAAUGAAUCAGACUCGAUCGAAGCUGGACCAAAAAAGUACUGGAG